AUGGCACCGACGGUUAGGAAGUCGAGGAGUGUGAACAAGCGUUUCACUAACGAACCCUCCUCUUCGCCAAGAAAAGACACUGCAAGCGUUUCCAAAAGAAAUAAGCAGCGUAAGAUGAAACUUUCUGACAAGCUGGGACCUCAGUGGACCAAACCUGAGCUUGAGCGUUUCUAUGACGCUUAUCGAAAGUACGGACUGGACUGGAGAAAGGUGGCUGCCGCAAUUCGGAAUAGCAGGUCUGUUGAGAUGGUUGAAGCUCUUUUUAAUAUGAAUCGGGCAUAUUUAUCUCUUCCGGAGGGAACUGCCUCUGUAGCUGGCCUUAUUGCUAUGAUGACGGAUCAUUACAGUGUCAUGGAAGGGAGUGGCAGUGAAGGAGAAGGCCCUGAUGUUUCACAAGUUCCAAAGAAAGAGAAAAAACGCAAACGUGCAAAACCUCAGCUUAGUGAUUCUCGAGAGGAGGUUGAUAGAGGACAUCCAGUUGCGUCGUCCACUGACGGAUGUCUCAAGUUUUUGAAGCAAGCACGAGAUAAUGAAACUCAUCGACGUGCCACUGGCAAACGUACACCUCGUGUUCCUGUACAAACUUCAAGAGAUAACGGGGAAGGCUCUACUCCACCAAGUAAAAGAGCCAGAAAGCAACUUGCUGUUAAUGAUGAUGUUGAACAUUAUUUAGAAUUAGCAUUAGCAGAAGCAGAAGCAUCCAGAAGGAGAGGGUCGUCUCCAAAAGUUUCUGAAUCACCUAAGAGAAUAACAGAACUCAGCGACGACUCGCCAAUAAAGAACUGGGGGAAAAUGUCACGGACGAGAAAAGCUCAAUCAUGGGUGGGAAGUAGCAGAGAAAAGAAGCUUGAAAGUAGGGAAGAGGUUGAGGAAAUGGAGGUUCCACGGAAGGAGAAAAGGGUUUACAAGAAAAGAGUAAAAGUCGAAGAAGCAGAGGGUAAUUCUUCUGAUGACAAUGGAGGAGCAAGCAGUGCUACCGAGGAGAGCAGAAUUAAAUCAAAGAGACGAAAGGCUGGUCUUGAAGCCUCAAGAGGGACAUAUUCACCGCGCAGCCCAAAGAAAAGAGAUAGUAAACUGACUUCCGGAGAUGAAUUUGAUGCUCUGCAAGCUUUGGCGGAAUUGUCAGCUUCAUUUCUUCCCACAUCAUUGAUGGAAUCAGAAUCAUCUCCUCAGGUGAAGGAAGAGAGAAUAGAAAACGGCAUGGACGAAAAAUCUAGCUCACCAGAAGCGACGUCCACCAGCAGUCAUGGGGAAAAAGCAAAUUCAGAAUCAGAUGAUACUCUGCUACAUGCUAUUUCUGCAAUUGGGAAUGCUGUUUACAAUAGAAAACCAAAACCUUCAACGCAAGCUUCCACUGAUUGUAAUGCUGGGAAUCUACAGCCGGAACCCACUAGUGGUAGUUUAAGAAGAAAACGCAAACCAAAGAAGCUAGGGGAUGAAUCUCCUACUGAUUCUACUCAGAAAAAAUCCAUAAACAAGAAGGAAUUGGCUCAAGAAGGCCAUAAUAUGAAGUCUUAUCAUAGAACAAAACGCACUGGUCAAGUUCCUUCUCAGUCAAAACAGUUGAAAACUGUCAAGGAGUUGGAGGAAUCUACUACAAUGAGCGAUAAGAAAAAGUCUGCCAUGGAAGAUGUAGUAGUGUCAACCAAAAACGAUUCUGAUUCUGGUCCAGCCAUUUCACCACAGAAACCUCCAAACAGGCGUAAAGUGAGUCUGAAGAAAAGCUUACAAGAAAGAGCUAAAUCUUCUGAAACCAUUCAUAAAGUUCCGCGUAGUUCAAGAUCUCUUUCAGAACAUGAGUUGUUAUUAAAGGAUACGAUUUCUACUUAUAUGUCGUAUCCCUUGGCACGUCGAAGGUGCAUAUUUGAAUGGUUUUAUAGUGCUAUCGACCAUCCCUGGUUUGCGAAGAUGGAGUUUGUCGAUUACUUAAAUCACGUAGGACUUGGUCACAUUCCUAGACUCACUCGUCUUGAAUGGAGCGUCAUUAAAAGCUCUCUUGGUAGAGCUCGAAGAUUCUCUGAGAGAUUUUUACAGGAAGAGAGGGAGAAACUCAAACAAUACCGUGAAUCUGUGAGGAAGCAUUACACAGAGCUUCGAACUGGUGCUAGGGAAGGACUUCCUACAGAUUUGGCUAAGCCAUUAGCAGUUGGGAAUAGAGUCAUUGCUAUCCAUCCCAUAACACGAGAGAUUCAUGAUGGGAAAAUUCUCACUGUUGACCAUAGCCAAUGCAAUGUUCUUUUCGAUGACUUAGGCGUUGAGUUAGUUAAGGACAUUGAUUGCAUGCCUUCAAAUCCAUUGGAAUACAUGCCAGAAGGUCUAAGGAGGCAAAUUGAUAAGUGCUUGUCCAUGAAGAAAGAAACACAUCAAAGCGGGAAUUCAAACCUUGGUUUGUCUGUUAUAUUCCCUCCAUGCGGACUUGAAAAUGCAGACUUUUCCAUGAGUCCUUCUCUGAAUCAGGGUGAUAUGAUUGCUCCCAUUCUGCAUGGAAAAGUAUCAACCAACACUAGUAGCCCACAUCAAACUAAUCAGUCAUGUAUAAUAGAUUAUAGCAAAGUACGAGAAGCUGAGAUUCAAAGAGCACUUGCACUGCAGCAAGCUUUAGAUGAAAAGGAAAUGGAGCCAGAGAUGCUAGAAAUUGUCAAGGUUUCAAAGACAAGAGCGAAAGCAAUGGUGGAUGCAGCCAUAAAGGCUGCAUCAUCUGUGAAGGAUGGAGAAGAUGCCAUCAAGAUGAUCCAAGAAGCCUUAGACAUGAUUGGCAAACCUCAGCCGUUAGUACGCAGCUCUAUAGUCAAACAGGAAGAGCAUGCAAAUGGCAGCAUUGAGCAGCAUCACAACCCAUCUCCCUCAGACGCAUCAAAGCCGAUGGCUAACAACGGUGUGAUCUCACAAGAUGAUGGUUCAGAGAAAAACGAGGCUCAAAUGCCUUCAGAGCUAAUCACCUCCUGUGUUGCCACUUGGAUCAUGAUUCAGAUGUGCACAGAGAGGCAGUACCCUCCAGCUGAUGUGGCACAGCUUAUAGACACAGCAGUCACAAGCUUGCAGCCUCUAUGCCCUCAGAACCUACCAAUCUACAGAGAAAUCCAGAUGUGUAUGGGACGAAUCAAGACUCAAAUCAUGUAUUUAGAAAGACCAGUGGCUACUACAAGCAUGACUCGUCGUCUCAAAGUUCACCGUCUUCUCAUCACCAGUCUCUUGGUCGCAGCCAAAUUCUAG